AUGAGCACGAAGCGUUUCUUUGCGACUUCCUCGACAGGUGGCAGUGCUCCACGCCGCCCCAAGCUGCUCGGCAACAACGACGAAUUCCACCCACGUGAUCCGAGUGUCGUGCCGAGUGACGUCUUGUACGAGUACAAUCGCAACCGCUACUUUACCUUGAUCUCGUCGGCGUCCUUGCUUCAAAUCGCGUUCUGGUCGUGGCUCAAGGGCACAGAAGCGACGAUCCCAGCGGCUCCCGUGGCGACCCCGUCGCCGGCAUUGGACCCGAGCCUUCUCUCUAUCGUGACGAACGAAGCUUGGUCAUCUGUCGGGUUGGGGGCAAGUGUGAUCAUGUCUGCAGUCGUUGUGUUCUUUGCCCAACGCUCCAUCGCGCGCAUAUCCGUUAUUUCCGGCGGCAGUAAGCUCCGCCUGACGACGCAAAAGUUUCUCGGUGGUCUGUCGGCGCCGCUGGACAUUCCUGUCGCCCAACUCCGCGCGUCGUCCAUCUCGGACAAGUACAUUUCGGUCAAGGUCGGGACCGAGCCAGGGUUCUACCUCAUCGAUUUGGAUGGACACUUUUACAACCGCCACAAGCUCGACCAGUUGCUCCAAGUGCCCCAAGCACUCGGUGUCGAGCACACCACGAAACCAGCGGCUGCACCUGCUCGACCCCAACCGAAGAAGCCGUUCCGUCGCACCGAUCCGCGCAGAUCGAACCAGAACAAGAUGUGA